UCUUGCUAGAUGCCCGCUGCGACAUAAAGAAACUCAUUGAAUGAAUACAUUUUUCGCAGAACGUUCAAACCUUCUGUGUUGUAUGAGUCCCUCGGCGGACGUUCCGCCUUCUCAAGGAUAACAUAUCAUCUCACCAAUGACAUCCUGCCGCAACGUUUCGAAAAAGGCAAUACUCUUUCACGAAUGUACGCUCUUCGCAGGCCCUGAUAGAAUUCAUGCGAGAACGGGGCUUGUCGUGGCCCGAACCGACAGGUUCUGUUCCUACGUCCAGGUGCCUCCAAGUGCUGCUGGAUCUAUCGCUCAACUGGGCGGUGGACAUAUGGUUCCGCUUGACCUUCCUUAGGCAACAUACCGGCAACAAGUUCUACUUCAGGGAACCCACAGUUUUUGUGACGGCCAUAAAAGAGCUACGACAGCAGGACGGGCCGGACGGUGGCCACGAGCGGGUUCGUUCCAUGCUACACCAGCUGCGUAACGCCAGCCAAGCGUCCCGCGCCAUCGAGCAUCAAGAAGAGGACGACGCCCUCGUGGACGCACUGCUGACGGAUGAGAGCUAUGUGCUCGAGAAGCUUCAGGAAGCGAUGCGAAGUUCGCCGGACGAGGGAAACAGGCUCGACAAGCUGCCCCUCAAGCUCAUGGCGUCGGUCACUGACGCGUUACCUGGCGCCACAUGGCAGAAAGUCCUUCGGUCCGUGCUCAACGGCACAGGCGUCCUCGUUGGCGAUUACGACACGGUGUUCGUCGACAACGCUAGGCUGCUGUCGACGCUCGGCGAUCUGGUGGUGAGCAUGCGCGGCCGCCUGCUAGACCAGCUGGCCCUGUGGUUCUUGCAGCUGCACGCGGACCUGCUGCCCAUACCCCCGCGUGACUGGCUGGACAGGACGCUGGCCUGCCACGCCGCCGUCGAGCUGCGUUUCGGGCUCGUCGUGAGCGCAGAGCACGUGGCGAAUCAGUUCAGUCAAGGCCAACGGCAGAAAAUCGAGGCCAUGGCAAGCAGCAUCAUGGAUCUCGUGAAAGCUACGCUGACGAAAGAGUCCUGGAUGCCUCGGGAAGCCAAGCAGAUCACCGCCAAGCUGGACAACAUGACGAUAAAGCUCUGGCCAAGCAGCCGGAUUAGCGACGCGGGGUUAACGCGGCUCUACGCUGAUUUCCCCGACCGUGCACCGUCGUACGUCGACUUCUGGCUGGCCGCAGGCAAAGCGCAGCGCUGGCUGCAGCUGGGCUCUGCGCGGAACGCUUCAGCAGCGAACACCACCGUCAAUGCUGUAAGAUUUGACCGGGGCGCCGAGGACCUAGGAUUUUCAAACGCCGCACGUGACCCGCCCUUCGAGUACGACUACUGGGCCAACCGCGUGCUGAUCAGCCCGGCGGCGCUGUAUGCGCCUCUGUUCUACGCCCGAGGCACCAAUGCCAUGGUGUACGCGGGCCUGGGUGCCACGCUGGCACGGCUCGCGGCCAGGGCGUUCGACGAGCGGGGCAUUGACGUGAGUGCUGGCGGGAACCACAGUGUCUGGCUCUCGGCAUCGGCGCGACAGCAGUUCGUCCAUCGCGCCAGGUGUUGGCAGCCCGCCUUGAAGGCCGCCAUGAUAGGCUACGAACGCAUGGAGCUGCGGACGGGCGGGGACAUCGGACUGCACGUUGACCGUGACUAUUCGCCGUGGCAGGUGUUCUUCAUAAGCUUCUGUCAGCCUCUGUGUGGCCUGCCCGCGGAUGUGGAUGGACCCCGGGCUCCUCGCGGACGUCUCUGCAACCAGGUCCUGAUGAGCAAGCGCCCCUUCUCGUCCGUUUUCAAAUGCCGCAUUGGAGAACAUCCAAUGGCGCCUGCCUCCUUCUGCAAUGCCUGAUGCUCGCUGGAGGUUGCGCGCGUCCUCUCUGGUUAUAUAGGGCGUAAUCCGGGAUGGUCAAUGCCUAUGUUCUCUGCAGUGGGCAGCUUCAAAUGUAUAUAUCAAACUUUGACCUCAUGAUAAUACCAUAUAUUCUCCG